AUGGAAGACGCAGCAGCAGCAGCAGUAGGUGGUCCCCAGAAAACUGUGGUGCUGGACGUUGUCGCCCUUAGCCGCAACCUGAUCAGUGCCGAGCAUACCCCGUUCCUUCAUGAUUACCUCUCCCGCUCGGAUGUCCUGGAUCGCAACGUGGAGCCGGCCUUUCCGGCCCUGACGUGUCCGGCUCAGUCGACCUACCUUUCCGGCACGGGCCCCGUGACCCACGGCAUCACGGCGAACGGCUUCUAUGACCGGUCGUACUGCGAGGUCAAGAACUGGCACCAGAGCUCCAAGCUGGUGCGCGCGCCCCGCAUCUGGGACGCCCUGAAGGCCCGGCACCCGGAGGCCACCGUGUUCGUCAACGGGCUGUGGCACGGGAUGCACGACCACGAGAUCGACUACUUCAUCAACGUCCGCCCGCAGUACCUCCAGAACGGGGGAAAGGUCGCCGACAUCUACACCCACCCCGCGGGGCUGCGGGAGGAGCUGCAGGGGAGCCUGGGCACCUUCCCCCUCCACCGCUUCUGGGGCCCGGGCACGUCCAUCGAGUCCUCCAAGUGGACGGCGGCCGCGGCCCUCCAGGUCGACAAGGAGCACGACCCCACGCUCACCCUCAUCUACCUCCCGCACCUGGACUACAGCCUGCAGAAGUACGGCCCCCCUCCCUCGAGCGAGCAGGGGACGGCAGCAACGAACCCGGACGACCCCGACGGCAAGGUUCUGAAGGACCUCAAGGAGAUCGACGAGGUGAUGGAAGGGCUGGUGAGGUACUACGAGUCGGAGGCCGUCGGCGCGAGGGUGGUGAUCCUGAGCGAGUACGCGAUCGAGCGGGUGGACCGGCCGGUGUACCUGAACCGGGUGCUGAGAGAGGAGGGGCUCGUGCAGGUCAGGAAGGAGAACGGCGGCGAGACGCUCGACUGCGGCGAGUGCCGCGCGUUCGCGCUGUGCGACCAUCAGGUGGCUCACGUACACGUACGACACGCCGCUGACAUCCCCCUGGUGCGGCGCGUGCUGUCGAGCACCCCUGGUGUGGAGAUGGUGAUGGACGCCUCGGAGCUCGACGCCUACUACCGAGAUCGGGGAAAAGGCGACGAGGGCGGCAGCGGUAGUGAGGGCGGCGGCGGGGCGGCGGCGGCGGCCAUGGCGGGAGAGGGGGGCCGGCGGGCGAGCGGCGGGCGCGGGGCGCAUCACCCCGAGCGCAGCGGCGAGCUGGUGGCCGUGUCCGAAUCCCGCUCCUGGUUCGCGUACUACUACUGGAAGGACGACUCGCAGGCCCCGGACUUCGCGAGGUGCGUGGCCAUCCACCGCAAGCCGGGCUACGACCCGGCCGAGAUGUUGUACCGGUUCCCGGGCUUCGCCGGCUUCGCGUGGCUCAUCCUCAAGCUUCUCCUCGCGUACGGGCUCAAGCUCAGGACCAACGUGGACGCCACCCCGCUCCGGUGCGACAAGAUCAGGGGCUCACACGGCCGGCUCCCCGGGGGGGACGAAGACCGAGACGACGAACCGCGGCCGAUUAUCAUGUUCAGGACGAAUGGUGCCGGGGUGGGGAGGGCGGGGGCGGUAGGGGUGGACCCCCUUGCCAUAGAUGACGGGCAGGUGUUGGAGCUUGGCAGGGAGGCGUGUCUGGAGAAGGGGCGCGUGGUGGUGGCAGAGGACGUGUAUGAGGUCUUGUGGCGAAUCUUGAACCGCGAUAUUUGAGUCGACUUUUUGCCGGGCGACACGUUUUUUUUUUUUUUUUGACUCCCCUCUGGUUUUAUGGUAGCCAUCAUUUGGAUGGUCCUCUCUGGCCAAUUCCUGGCCAAUUCCUGACUCUGGUUUUUGUUGUGGCGGCAGAGGCUGGUGACCGUC